GUGUUUAAAAAAAAAAAAAACUGACUUUAUUCCCUUUUUAUAACAUUAUCUUGAGAAAAAAGGAAAUGUCAUCAUCUUCUUGGUAGAUGAAACAUCCAAGCAUCUUCCUCCAACAAAGAAGUCACUGUAAGCACUCAAAUCCACUUUCCCCUUUCUUUCCGUCAAACAAAAAAUAUGGCGGAUAUGCCGAUGGACAUCAUCACCGAUCUCUUCCUCCGUCUCCCGGCGUCGACGCUAGUCCGAUGCCGAGUCCUCUCCAAGCCCUGCUUCUCCCUAAUCGACAGCCCCGAUUUCAUCUCCUCCCAUCUCCACCACACCCUCCAAACCGGAGACCACCUCAUGAUCCUCCUCCGCGGCCCUCGCCUCCUCGUCACCGUCGACCUCGAUUCGCCGGAUAAAGUCUCCGACGUCGAGCACCCCUUAAAAGCCGGCGGUCUAACCGAGGUUUUCGGUUCUUGCAACGGUUUAAUCGGUUUAUCGAACUCCCCGACGGAUAUGGCUCUGUUCAACCCCUCAACACGGCAGAUCCACCGGUUACCGGCUGAACCGGUUGAUUUCCCCGAAGGGUCGAGGACACGUGGGUACGUGUUUUACGGGUUCGGUUACGAUUCGGUCAACGAAGAUUACAAAGUCGUGAGGAUGAUUCAGUGCAAAGGAGGCGCAGCUGAUGAGCUUGUGUUCGGUUUCCCGUACGAGGUUAAAGUCUUUAGUUUAAAGAUGAACACGUGGAAGAGAGUCAAACGCGUUCUUCCCGCGAUUCAGUUACUGUUUUACUUUUAUUACCAUCUAUUGUACCGUCGCGGGUACGGUGUGUUGGCUUGUAAUAGUCUUCACUGGGUUUUACCUAGACGUCCUGGACUUAUCGCGUUCAAUACUAUUAUAAGGUUUGAUCUUGCGGUAGAGGAGUUUGAGAUACUUACCUUCCCUGAGUCUCUUGCUCAUGAGAACAUCGACAUAGGGGUUCUCGAGGGUUGUCUUUGUUUGAUGUGUAACCGCGAGUUUACCUCCGUUGAUGUUUGGGUCAUGAAGGAGUAUAAAGUUGAAGGGUCUUGGAGUAAGGUGUUUAGCGUUCCGAAGCCGAAGAGUGUUGAGUCUUUUGACUUUAUGAGGCCUCUGCUUUACUCUAAGGAUAGGAGGAAGGUUUUGAUUGAGGUGAACAACGCGAAGCUUUUGUGGUUUGAUUUGGAGAGUAAGAGGUUGAGGACGCUGAGGAUAAAGGACUGUGAUAGUUCGUAUAGCGCGGAGUUGCUUGUGAGUAGCCUUGUUCUGGGGUGUAAAGGUGAUCCUAGUGAAGCUAAGAGAAGGAGAGAACGUCGAGCUUUGGAAGAUAAGAUGAUGCAGCAGAGGAGUAAGAGGGAUGAUUUUCUGUCAAAGGGGUUCAAGCUGGUGUUAUGAGCAAAGCAAAGAGAAGUUUAAAAAUAAAAACCAAACCCAUGCAAGGGGGAAGCGAAGGUGGAAAAGAAAUGGUCUUACUACUAACUCUCUUAACCCAUAUAUGUUUAAAAUAUGUGUAUGUAGAAGAUAUGUGCUCUUUCUAUGUAGACUUGUUCCACGACCAAACACAACAACAUAAAGGUGUAAUAGAGUGGUUGACUGUAAUAGAGUGAAUAUAAUAAUGGUACAUGCAAACUAUGUUUGAGUCUUGUAUGUUGGUAUUUUAGAUUUUGCAUCACUCCUUUUCUGCGA